AUGUUCCGCCUGUGCUAUGCGCUAUUGGCCCUGCUUUGCCACUGCGAGCCCGCUACUGACAGCUGCGGAACAGAGGCAUGUGCUGCGAGCAAGGCCAAGGACUUUUGGGCAAAGAUCAAAAGUGAAGGUCUGCAGCUCAAUAUCCGUCCAAAAGUGGUCGAGGAGAAAAGCUUUGGCGGUUUGCCGGCCAGAAAUCGCACUGCCAUGGUCCUGUCUGAUGAUGUUUUCUAUGGCCGGGCCAUCAUGAAGAUACCUCGGCAGGCCCUGCUGACCUAUGAGACUGGAAGAAAACCAAAGCUCAAAGAUCAGCUGACACGUUUUUUAUUUGAGGAGAAGAAGCUCCAGAAAAGCUUCAACAUCACCAGCGAAGAUUACAUUCACUUGCUCAGCCUAGCCUACACGCUGAUUGCUGAGAGGAGAGAUUCAGACUCCGUUUUUGUGGACUGGUUGAAGGCCACCGAAAACGCCACCGUCUUCGCGCUGCAGCUGACGCAUCGGCAGCAGAGGGUGCUGCGAGGUACUACGGUGGAGGGAGCCAUUGAGGAGAUGUCCUCCCGAAGGGAUCUGAUUUGGCAAACGGCCUCGAAUCUGACCUUCUUCAAGAAGUCCCAUAUCCAGCGGGUUCACCAUUCAUCUACUCAUGCCCGCAGCCGUGAAAAGACAGUGCAGUGCCUCUUGUAUGCGACCGUGUUUGAGGGUUGCAUACCCUUUCACAUGGUAGCGGAGCUGGGCCGCUCAACCAGCGAUAUCCGGACAAGGGCCAAUCUUUUGGGCCGAGCUGCAUCAGCAGGAAGCAUUCAGUUGGGUGGAUCGGCACGGUCGACUGAGCAGACGUCCCGUGACCGCUUUACAACAUUGGGCAUCAACAAGGCGUUGGGGAUUGGGUUUUGGACCCUUAUUUUUCUGACGUGUGCAGUGGGAUCUCUGUUUUUGUGGGAGAUGGCAGCAGCAGAUGGUUCGCCGACACAACAGCCCAAUGACAUUCAACAACUGUGUGCGAUGUUACAACAGAUGAUGAAUGAGCAGCAGCGGCAACGAGACCGGAUUGAGGAGCUGGGACAAGCGGUGCAGGGUACUGCAGGUGCAAUUCAGGGCACACAGGCCACUACGGAGCAAGUGAUUCAGCAGGUGGUUGCUCAAGUGCAAGCUGGUUUUCAGCAGGAGCAGCAUCAGCAUCAGGAACAACUUGCUCAGGUGAGCCAAGCGGUGCAAGCAAUUCAGGUGCAAGUACAACAGAUUCCGGUGACUGCUGGGGAUCAAUUGCAACAGAUUGGACAGGCGGUUCAAGCUAUGCAGGGUCAAAUACAACAGCAGGUGAGUCCGGAACAAGUGCAACAGAUCGGACAAGCAGUUCAGAGCCUUCAGGGGCAGGUGCAACAGAUCGGAAGUGCGGCAGCUGCUGGAGGGAUUGGAAUGAAUGCCCCUCCACCAGCGCCGGCAGGGUCUCCACAUGGUAGUCCUCCCGCUCAUUCAGGACCUCCACCAGUGUUUCAGUUUGGCAGUGGUGCUACGCCUGGAGGAUUUGGCUUCGGUAGUCCUGCAGUUGCUUACGCCAUUCAGCAAGGAGGUGUGGACGGGAGACAGUUGGGAAAACCCUCAACAUUCAAUCCAACUGACAGCAAGGUUUCAUUUCAGGACUGGUCUGACUCGGUGAUUACAUUGGCAGAUUCAGCAAUGCCUGGGAUUUACGAGUGUUUGGAAUGGAUUGUGACGGAGCAGCCAAAGCAUCCGUUGGAUUUGCCUUACAUGAAGGCGAAGUUUGCCCACUUGGAUGGCAACCUUUUAGGUUACGCGGAGUCCAACAUCUACGCCAUCCUGUCUUCCUACACAGCUGCAGAGGCCAAAUCUCUAGUUCGACAGGAGAGCAUUUCCUUGGAGAAGUUGUCGGCCGAGGUGAUCAGCUGGGAAAAUCGGAUCGUGGACUAUGAGGCCAGGCCCAAUGCAGAGAAGGUGUCGGAUGCUAUGAAGAUGGCUGCGCUGAUCCAUAUGGCGCCGCCGAAGCUGAGGGAGCACCUUCAGUUGAAUGCUGGCAGGUUUGUCCGGUACCUGGAUCUGAGGGAAGAGGUCUUUUCGUACUUGGAUCAGGUGACACCGGCAAGCCACACGACCAUGGACAUUGGUUCAAUCAGCAAAUCUGGUGGUUGCUACAACUGCGGAGGGCCGCAUUUGGCUCGUGAUUGCCCCAAGCCGAAGUCUGACAAGGGCAAGGGCAAGAAGGGCAAAGGAGGCAAAGAUGGCGGAGGAAAAGGGAAGUCCAAGGGCAAGUUCUUUGACAAGGGCAAAGGCAAGAAAGGCGGUGGGAAGAAAGGUGAUGGCAAACAGAAUGUCUGCAGCAAUUGUGGGAAGAGUGGUCACACCUAUGAUGCUUGUUGGAGUAAGCCCAAACCACUCAAUGCUGUGGACCCGAAGCUGGCCGAGAUGCAGUCAGCCUAUGCCAAAGCUGCCUUGGAGGAUUAUCGACGAAUUCAAGGUGGAGCCUCGUCAUCAUCAACAUCAGCUCCGGUGAUUGUUCAUCCACCGAGCCCACCAUCGCCUCAGUCUCCAAAGACGGCAACAACAGCAGCUCAUGUCGGGAGCUUGGUGAUUCGGAGCUUGUGCGCUCUGAGUAGACGGGCCUUGGACCUCAGCAGGGAGAUCUUCCGAAACUCAACACCAGCCUGUGUCCAACGACAUUUGACCAGGUUGACCACGGGACCCAAUGAGGUGCUGGCCACAAUCGACAGUGGGGCGGCAGCAUCAGUGUGUCCGCCGGGAGUCUUCCAUGGAUGGCCGCAGGAGGAUGCAGAGCCUGGCUUGACUUUCCAGGCGGCAGACGGUACCAUCGUCCCGGAGAUGCACAAGAUUCAACCAGUGGUUCUGACCGAAGAAGGAUUUGUGAGGCAGACCCAAUUCUCAGUGGCAUCAGUCAACAAGGUGUUGGUGUCAGCGGCAGAAGUUGCCAACAGGGGCCAUCGUUUAGUUUUGAGCCCUUACUACAUGGACAGCUACAUCGAAGACCUGGGCACGGGUGAGAUCAUGAAGCUGCACCAACAAGAUGGAGUCUAUGUGCAGAAGUUGAACGUGCAUGUUUCUGUGGAGGAGGUUGGUCAGGAUGGAGAUCUUCCCGCAGGAGCUCUUGGUGGGGAGGAAGAGUAUGAGCUUGGCACACCAGCCGAAUCCGAUGCUGAACAAGGUGUCUUCGAGCUGGGCGAUGACCAGGAGGUGAGAGAUGCAGUUGCAAGUGGUGAUCUUCAUGCGGAGCAUGAAGAAGUUCCUAUGAGGAUGGGGCAAACGACUCCAUUCAAGCCUUCCGAAGCGGAGGUUGCAGAACAUUGCAUCAGUCAUGUUCCUUAUCGAGACUGGUGCAUUCAUUGUGUCAGAGGACGCGGCAGGGCACAAGCUCAUCGAAGAAAGCAUGAAAGUGAUGUUGAGAAGGGCCGCAAACGGCCGAUGGUCCACAUGGACUAUUUCUACCUCGGGGCAAGAGCAGAGGAGACACUUCCCUUGCUUGCGAUGCUGGAUGAGUCUUCAGGCAGAAUGUUUUCACUGACGAUGCCUUGCAAAGGUGUGGAACACCAAUACUGUGUGGCAGCUGUGGUCAAGUUGAUGCGCUGCUUGGGCCUUCAGGACGCGGUGAUCAAAAGCGACACUGAAAGGUCUUUGGUGGCACUUCGAACUGCUGUGCAAGGAAAGCUUCCUGGAGUUGGUUGUGAGGAUGCCGUCAAAGGAGAAUCAGCAAGCAAUGGUGCCGUGGAGGCGGCAGUGGGACGAUUGCAGGGGCAAGCCCGGACAUUGAAGAGCUGCUUGGAGGAGCACUAUAACUUCAAGAUCCCUGCAAAACAUCCUGUUCUUUGCUGGUUGGUGGACUAUGCUGGCACCCUCAUUUCCCGGUUUUUGAGAGGACCAGAUGGGCGAACAGCUUUUGAGGGAUCUACUGGGCGCCCAUGGCGCAUUCGCCUCCCAGAAUUUGGUGAGUGCGUCCUUUAUCAACCUCUACGUGGAGAAAGGGAGCCGAAGAAGAUUGAACCUCGCUUUGAACUUGGGGUUUAUCUUGGAGUUCAAGAAGGCACAGCUAUGCGGUGGAUUGGCACAGCUGAAGGGACAGUGAGAACAUGGACAAUCAAAAGGUUGCCAGAAGAGGAGAAGUGGCAGAAGGAGAUUUUGGAGGCGGUGAUUGGAUUGCCGUGGCAACUUCGUCCUUCAGUUGCCAGAGAUGCGGAAGCACAAAGACUUCCAGUGGAGAUUGUCUUGCCAGAGGUUGAGGAUGAGCCCAAGCCUGCCGUGGAGGUCAAGAAGAAGGGAUACAUCCCGAGAGGCAUCUACGUGAGACGAGAUGUGGAACUCCGUGACUUUGGGUACACGGAGGGUUGUGAUGGCUGUGAGAGAGCCAAAGCAGGGCUUUCACAUCGUCAGCACUCCUCAGCUUGCAAACAAAGGAUCAUGAAUGAGCUCAACAAGACUGAGGAGGGGAGAAAACGGAUUCAGCAGAUGGAGAGCCGAGGAGAGAAGUAUUUGGUGGCUUUUCAUGAAAGAGAGGAAAAGAAGAAAAGAGCUGGCGAGGGUGAAAGUGGCAAUCUUGCCAAAUCUGCCAAGCAACAACAAGCUGAGGCAGAGAUGGAGCAGAUUUUGGGGCCGAUUGAGGAGAUCGGUGCAAGCGGCCAAGGGGGCCCUUCCAGCAGUGGUGAUGGAUCACCUCCAACGGGGGCAGCGGUCAUUCCUGAGGAAACUGAUGGCCCUGUGAUGGAUGUGGUUGGAGAUGAGAUGGAGGCUGAAGAGAGCAACAUUCAGCCGUCAAUGGAGAUUGGAGCUUUGCAUAGGAUCUCAGCUGAUGGUGCCUUCAAAGAUGCAGUGAGGGAGGCAAGUUUGACUGAGACAGCGCAGAUGCUCAUGGAUGAGGAUGUCUCAACAAGACGGGCUCUUGUGCAGUUGGGGGCUAUCAAUUUGAAGAAGGCCUACGACAUGAAGGAGCCGGCAGUGGUUGAGUUGUUUUCACAACCACGAGUGAGCAAAGGUUUAUCUCGUGGUCUUGCGCUGGACUUGAGGACUGAGGACGAAGAUGGAAAUCCUUGGGACUUUCGAGUUGAAGAGCAGAGGCGCAAAGCAGAGGAGUUAGUGGAGGUGUUCAAUCCAGACCUUUUGUUGGGAUGCCCUCCAUGUGGUCCAUUCAGUGCGUUGCAAGCGCUCAAUCAGGGCAAAACAGAUCCGGUGGUCAUGGCUGAGAAAGUGGCAGAGGGUGAACAACAUUUGGAGUUUUGUUGUCAGCAGUACAAGCGGAGAAUGAAAGCAGGACGUUAUUUUCUGCAUGAACAUCCCGCCAGGGCUAAGUCAUGGAAAAGCCCUAGCGUGGAGGAAGUUGCUGCGAUGCCCGAAGUUUACAAAGUUGAGGGCGAUAUGUGCCGUCAUGGUAUGGAGGUGCAAGCAGAUGACGGCUCUUGGGGUUUGGCCAAGAAACGGACUGGCUAUUUGACCAACAGCGAGUGCAUUGCCCAAGAGCUGGAGAUCAAGUGCGACAAUGAGCCUGAUGCCAUUGGAGUUUGGAGAGAAACAUCCUAUCAGCCAAAGACUGGACAGAUGCCUAGCAAACGAGGGCCUAGCUGGAAAAAUGUGUUUCGUCGGGUGACUCUUGACCUGACAAAUGGAACAGUUCUACAAGACCUUCGUGAUGCUUGCAAUGCAGAAAGGAGCGAGGUGAAGUUUGCCAUCCCUGACAAGUGCGUGCGUGUCGAGACGUUGUUUUAUCAUCGUGUCCCUGGAAAGUCAUGGCACAGACACGUUGCACUGAUUGGGGGAAAGGCAAAGCAGUGUGAGAAGUAUCCUGAUGGUUUGGUGCAAUCAAUUCUUCGUGGGUUGCGCAGACAGAUCAAAAGGGAUUUUCCUAUCAGCAGUAUGAGUUUUGGCCCAACAAAUCAAGAGGUGGACGUUGACCUCACAUUAGCACCUGAGGAUUGGGAAACUUUUUCUGAUGAAAUUUCUGGGAAAGCCUUGGAAUCAAAUUUGGUCAAGGCGGCACGUGCUGAGGAGAUUGAGUUUGCCCGGCGCUACAAAGUUUGGGAGGAGGUCCCCAUUCAACAAGCAUGGGACCGAACUGGAAGAGCGCCCAUCAGCUCUCGUUGGAUCGAUGUCAACAAGGGCGAUGAAUCCAGGACGGGUCACCAAGUUGAUGCUCGAGGUCGACGGCGCAAAGUCAUGUUCAUCGACAUCCGUCGAGCACACUGGACAGCUCGAAUUUUUCGAGAGGUGUAUGUGUCACUUCCGAAGGAGGCUGGACUCCCGGAAGGGACAUGCGGCAGGCUGCUGAAAGCAAUGUAUGGUUGUCGAGAUGCUGCAGCUUGCUGGGAACUGGAGGUGACCGACAUGUUUACAAGUUGUGGUUUUGCUCCUGGUUUGGGGAGCCCAGUGCUUUUUGUGAAUCAGACCCGAGAUUUGCGGGUUUCAAUUCAUGGUGAUGACAUCACGGUCCUGGGUUUUCAAGAUGAUUUGGAAUGGCUUCGCCAGAAGCUGGAAGAGCGCUACGAGCUGAAGUUCGGUGGCUUUUUGGGACCGGACGAAUCUGACGUUCAAGAUGUGGCGCUUCUGAACAGGUUGAUACACUAUGGGCCGGAUUGUACAACAAUUGAAGCAGAUCCUCGACAUGUGAAAAUUUUACUGAAUGAGCUGGGGUUGAACGAAGCAAAGACUGUUACUUCUCCUGGCGUGGUGUGCAAAGAUGAUGACAACACACCACUGAGCGCAGAGGAUUGCAAACGUUUUCGCAGUUUGACAAUGCGGUGCAACUAUUUGGCGUUGGACAGGCCAGACAUCAAUUUUGGGGCAAAAGAGCUGGCGAGAAGGAUGCAAAGUCCGACGAAGAGCAGUUGGAACGGCUUGAAACGGAUGGCGCGCUAUCUUGCUGGGUGCCCGAGAUUGGUAUGGCGGUAUGAGCAACAGGAUGUGCAAUCGAGGCUUCACAUCCACACUGACUCAGAUGACGCUGGUUGCAUUGAAUCGAGAAAAUCGACAUCCUGUGGCGCCCUUUACCACGGGAAACAUUUGCUGAAAUUUUACAGUUCAACACAACAUGUGAUUUCGCUUUCAAGUGGUGAGAGCGAAUUUUAUGCUGGAAUCAAAGCUGGAUCUACACUCCUGGGAGCCCUGGCAACAAUGAUGGAUCUGGGGUAUCAGUUGAGUGGAACUUUGGUUUUUGAUGCGACGGCAGCAAAAGCAAUGAUGAGCAGGAGAGGCCAUGGCAAGGCCAAACAUAUUUCAAGGUGCUAUUUGUGGCUGCAGCAGAAAAUCCAUGACAACGAAAUGCAGCUGGAAAAGAUCGGGACCAAAACAAAUACUGCAGACCUUGGGACAAAACACCUGGACGGAAAUCGCAUCAGGGAACUCACCAAGGCUGUGAUCAUGCGCCAUGCUCGGGUCGUGCAUCCCUACCAGGACCAACGCGAAACACGAGAUCCCAGAAUGUACAUCUUUCCCUUGGUGGAGCUUCUCCAGGUGGCUUUGAAUCCCAAUCCGAUUGUCUCCAUCGGAUUUCAGGAGGAGAUCAUCAUCGACGGCAAACGCGAAGAAGACGUGGUGCUGCAAAUCGCGCGACGGGACAUGCCAAAAGGAGAAGAGAUCUUCGCAUGGCCCGGCAGGCUGUCCAAUUCCGAGAUGAUCGCACGCCAUGGUUUCAGUUUUCGGGAAAAUCCCGUGGGCAUUGGGCGAAAUCUCUCGCAACCACCCAGUUGGAGUGACAACAAGGAGAGCAAAGGUCGCAAAGAAUACGACCUCUACAACUGCUCCUCUUUGGACGACUUUGAGAUGCGCUUCAGCGAGCGAGGCGUCCCUGCACGGUCCUUCAUUCGUUGCUACCGCAUCUCGUGGUUUAUCAGCAACGGUUGGUACUCUCCGGCCCUGAAAAAUCGCAUGCGCGAGCUGAACAAGUGGCCCCCACCUGAGAAGUACACGAAAUCGGAUUGGCUGUCGUGGACCCAAGCGGAUGCCGAGUUGAAUCGGGUGAUUCUGGAGUACUGUCAAUAUAUGCGACAGCAACUGAAGGACAUGAAAUGA